UUCGAAAGUGAGCAAUAGCAGCCAGAAAUUGGAAAACAGACACACACGCUACUCAGAUAUUUCUUGGAAUCAUUAUCAGAAAUUGGUAUAACCCCAACUCUUGGAAACAUCAUCCACUCUCAUCUCUUUCACCAGUUCAUUCACCAAACAUCCUAAUCACCCAUUUCUGGUAAUAUAACAACAAAAGCUACCUAGGUAAGAAUGGCAAGAAAGAAGAUACCGAUCAAGAAGAUCGACAACAUAAACGCGAGGCAAGUAACAUUCUCGAAGAGGAGAAAAGGUCUUUUCAAGAAGACUCAGGAACUGUCAACUCUCUGUGAUGCUGAGAUUGCUCUCAUAGUCUUUUCCUCAACCAGCAAGCUCUUUGAGUACGCCAGUUCAAGCAUGCAACAAAUAAUUGAAAGGCGUAAUCAGCAUUCAGGUGUUCAAGGAUCAGACAUUGCAUCCACUGGAAAACAGCUUGGAAGUAACUCUUUUGACAUGCUGCACAAGGAAAUAGAAGAUAAGACUCAUGAACUGUGUCAGUUGAACGGACAAGACUUGCAAGGAUUGACAAUACAAGAGUUGCAGAAACUGGAGGAACUUCUCCAAAAACGUUGGAUCACUAUUUCAAAAAUUAAGGAAGAAAAAAUGACACAAGAGAUCAACAGUCUUAAAACAAAGGAAGCCGAACUUACAGAAGAGAACCAGAAACUGAAGCAGAACUUUUAUGAACAGAAGUUGGUUCGAGAACAAUGUUAUGAGUCAAUCACUAGCAGUUCGUCCGAUUUUCCUCCAGACAAUGGUAGUUCUGACACAUCUCUCAAGUUGGGGCUGUGUUUAUUUGAAUGAAAUGGUUCAAGGGAACAGAUUAGCUUCCAUUUCUGUAUGAAAGACAAGAUCAAUGUUGUUUUUGGAAUUUGACAAACAAUUUGCUUUUGAGAGUAGCAGCUGGAAAAAUUUCACAGCUGGGGCAACUUAUUUUGUAACCUAAACAGAACCUCGUACUUGUCAUUAUGCCAUGCGUGGCAGCUUAAACAGAUAGGAAUGGUUAUUUAUAAUUCUAAAAAUUUAGCAGACAAUAAAUUGAAGACAAAUAUAUAAAUUCUUAAAUAUAGAAAUGAUAGAAAAAUUAGUACAAUUUUUUAAGAAUCAUAAGAAAAAUAUAACUAAAAUAUAUAAAAUACAGUGGAAACAUAUCAUUUUCACUAGUACAAAAUGUGCUUUUAAACUCGCACAAUAGAUCUCGGUUUACACCAAACCGCUGUCUAUUCAGACACGGUGGCAUUUUUGUAAUUAACGAGACCUUAUAGGCCUCGGUUCAAACUUGACCGGUGCCAAAAAGGGUUACCACUUCGGUUGUAAAAACAACCGGUGCCUAAUGAGUAGUUUCUAACACAAUUUCUGACGCGGUUAAAAAAGACCCGAAGUAAAAGGAGUAUAUUGCACCGGUUAUUAAGAAGAACCGAGGCGUAUAAGCCUCUACUACCUCAGGCCCAAAAGGACCGAGGCAUAUAAGCCUCUUAUUUCUCCCCAGACAUUUUCCCCAAACACGCGACCUAGCCCCUUCACCCCUCGCGCUCGCCUCGCUCGCCUCCCUCCCCUCACUCUCGCCUCCCUCGCUCUCAGUCUCGCUCCCUCGAUCUGGCCUCCCUCCCCUCGGUCUCGCCUCCCUCGGUCUCGCCUCCCUCCCCUCGGUCUCGCCUCCCUCGGUCUCGGUCUCGCCUCCCUCGGUCUCGGUCUCGGUCUCGCCUCCCUCGCUCUCGCCUCCCUCCCCUCGCUCUAGCCUCCUUCGCUGUCGCCUCCCUUCGCUCUCGCCUCCCCUCUCUCGGUCUCGCUCCGUCGCUCUCUCGGUCUCGCUCUCUCUUGCGAGUGCGUCGCCUCUGGAGGGAAGAGCAUGCGGUGGUGGUGCGUCAAUGGUGGCGGCGGUGAUAGUGGUGGUGGUGGUGGUGCGAAUCUGAGAUUAGGGUCAGAUUGGGGUCAGAUUAGGGUUUUGCGAAUCUGCAAAAGGCUAAUGUGCUCAAAUCUGCAAAAGGGGUGAGGGUUGUGGAGAAAAAUGAAGAACUCCAUGGUUUUGCUGAAUCCAGUUCUCUGUUUUUUAUUUGUCUGUCUCCUUGAUCAAAUUCUCUGAUUUGUGUAAUUUGCAACUGUAAAUUUUCUGAUUUGUGUAAUUUGCAACUGUAAAUUCUUCUCUGAUUUGUGUAAUUUGCAACUGUUCUCUGUUCUCUGUUCUCUGAUUUGUGUAAUUUGAGAUUAUUUGUGUGCA